CCGUGCCCGCGGCGCGGUGCCCAUGGCGGGGCUGACGGACCUCUACCACCUCUCCAUGGCCUGCGGGCACUGGCGCAGCGGCCGGGCGCGGCUGCCCGCCUCGGCAGAGCUCUUCUUCCGCCGCGGGCCCUUCGGCGGCGCCUUCGCGCUGGCCGCCGGCCUGGCGCAGGGGCUGCGCGGCCUGCGAGCCUUCCGCUUCUCGGCUGCCGACAUUGCCUACCUGCGCUCUGUCCUGCCCAGCACCACUGAGGAGGCCUUCUUUGAUUACCUGGCCACCCUGGACACCUCGGAGGUGACAGUCUCUGCUGUGCCCGAGGGCUCCGUCGUCUUUGCCAGGGUCCCGUUCCUACAGGUGAAGGGGCCACUGCUGGUGGUGCAGCUGCUGGAGACCACUUUGCUGUGCCUGGUCAACUAUGCCAGCCUGGUGGCUACCAAUGCCACUCGCUUCCGACUCCUUGCUGGCCCAGAUGUGAAGCUGAUGGAGAUGGGGCUGCGGCGUGCUCAGGGGCCAGAUGGUGCCCUCUCGGCCUCCAAGUACUCCUACAUCGGGGGCUUCGACUGCACCAGCAACGUGUUGGCAGGGAAGCUCUAUGGCAUCCCGGUGCGCGGCACCAUCGCCCACUCCUUCAUCAUGUCCUUCACCACGCUGGAGGAGGUGCAGCCCCGGGAGCUGGUGCCGUUGGCAGGUGGAGACCCAGUGGACCUUCCAACAUUGGCCGAGUCGUGGCUGCAGCAGGUGUGUGAGCUGCUUCAGACCCCCCUGGAGAAGACGAACCGGGGCGAGCUGGCUGCCUUCCUCUCCUACGCUGUCACCUUCCCACGUGACUUCCAGGGGCUGCUGGACACCUACUGUGUCAGGAGGAGUGGCUUGCCCAACUUCUGCGCCGUGGCGCUGGCCCUGCACCAGCUGGGCUACCAGGCCAUCGGCGUGCGGCUGGACAGCGGCGACCUGGCCCAGCAGUCCAAGGAGAUCCGCCAAGUGCUCCGAGCCUGUGGUGCUCACUUCCAGGUGCCCUGGUUUGAGACCAUCCCCAUUGCUGUCAGCAAUGACAUCAGCGAGCAAAGCCUGGAGAGGUUAAUCCAGGAGGGGAGCGAGGUUGACAUGAUCGGCGUCGGGACACACCUGGUGACGUGCCCCCUGCAGCCAUCGCUGGGCUGUGUUUACAAGCUGGUGGAGGUCAAUGGCUCCCCCUGCCUGAAGCUCACAGAAGAUGAGGAGAAGAUGACAGUCCCAGGCACCAAGACCAUCUAUCGGCUCUUUGAUGCUGCUGGUCACCCCUUCAUGGACCUCAUGGCCUUGGAGGAGGAGCCUUCACCCCAGGCAGGCCAAGAGCUGGUGAUCCGUGUCCUGGGGCAGCUUGGGGAGACCUGUAAGGUUGUGGCCGCCACCGUGGAGCCGCUCCACCGCACCUACCUCAGGGAUGGUCAGCUGUGUGAGCCGCUGCCCAGCCUGCCAGAGGUGAGAACCCACGCUCAGGUGUCCCUCAGCCUGCUCAACCCUGCUCACCGCCGGCUCCAUGACCCUCAACCCUACCCAGUGGCCAUGACAGAGAGGCUUCACCAGCUCCUUACCAAGCUGCAGGAGGCCAGCCAGUGAGGAGGUCCACACCUCACAUUGUGCCAGCCUGGGACCAGCUUUUCCUCCAUGCUCUUCUGAAGACCAAGUGACUAACUGGGAAUUGAUGGUUGUGAUGUGGCUGCUGUGUGGUGCUCAUCUGAGGACCUUGCUAGAACUGGAGGAGCACCCUGAGGUCCCAGUAGCAAAGCUGGGCACAGAGGGAUGGGGCAGAAUGAGGUGGGAGGCAGCUGUCCCCACAUCUUCUGGAAGCAGUGGUCCUUUCCUGCCCUCCUUGGUGGUCCUACCAACCCUGUGCCUUAUGCUGUGGCAGCUCUUGCUCACCUUGGCCGCCCUGUCAGCCCUUUGCCUUCUGCUAUGGCAGCUUUUCCCCAUCUUAGGGGGUCCUACCAACCCUGUGCCUUCUGCUGUGGCAGCUCUUGCCCACCUUGGUGGCUCUGUCAACCCUGCACUUUCCAUGAUGGUAGGCCAUGAUGAAGAUCUAAGACCAAGAGCUUAACCAGGACCAAGAGUUUGACCAGGACCAGGCCCCCUAACCUGGAAAGAGCUUUCUUGUACCCUCCACUUGGGUCCUGUGAACACCUGUGGCAGAAGGACUUUGCCUUUCAUCCUCUGGAUGUUGACUCUGGCCACAUCUCAUCACCUUCCAUUUUGUAUGCAGUCCUUAGGAGUUGGAGGCCAGCUUGAGGUUGAUGCCUGCACUCAUAACCUGAUGUUCCUGGAGGAACUAAUCCCAACAUUAGCUUCAUCCUAAGCAAAAAGCUCCCCAAAAUAAAGGUCUUGACCUGCUGCAACCCCA